AACUGACAUUGGACAAACCUCAAAAUGAAUGCCCGGGUACUAAAAACAAGAUGUGCAAGAGAUCUAUGCAGAAGUCUUUGUCGCCUGAUGUCGACACACGAGAACCCUCUUGGUAUUAAAGGUGAAAAUAAGAGUAGAGAAGAACUUCAAAAAGAAAGAAUGGCUAGAGGACUUCCAAAAAAGUUACCCAUACCAGGAGUGAAAUAUGUGGUGGUGGUGGCGUCUGGAAAGGGUGGUGUGGGGAAAUCAACCACUGCAGUAAAUCUUGCACUUGGAUUGGCUGCUAACAACCCAAAAUCACAAGUGGGGUUGUUGGAUGCGGACAUACAUGGCCCGUCUAUACCCUGUAUGAUGAACCUACAGGGGGAGCCAGAACUAAACAAUCAAAAUCUUAUGAAACCACUGGUGAACUUUGGCAUAAAAUGCAUGUCGAUGGGGUUCUUGGUGGAUGAAAAACAAGCAAUUGUUUGGCGGGGACCAAUGGUGAUGUCUGCAGUACAGAAACUUCUAAGGCAAGUAACAUGGGGCCCCCUGGACUACCUUGUGGUGGACAUGCCUCCCGGAACAGGGGACACACAGCUCUCACUCUCCCAAAACAUACCCAUCUCAGGUGCAGUGAUUGUAUCCACACCCCAAGACAUAGCCCUACUAGACGCACGGCGGGGUGCGGAAAUGUUCCGUAAGGUAGAGGUUCCAGUACUUGGACUCGUCCAGAACAUGAGUGUGUAUGUCUGUCCAAAGUGUGGCCAUGCAGAGCAUAUCUUUGGUCAGGAUGGUGCUGCCACAAUAGCCUCAGACAUGGGACUUAGUGUCCUGGGGGACGUACCCCUGCACAUCUGUAUCAGAGAGGGUAGUGACAAUGGACAGCCGGUGGUGGUGUCAAAGCCGCAGUCUCCACAAGCCUUGGCUUACAGACAGAUAGCAGAACAGGUCACAGAAAAACUAUCUUCUACACCUCCAAUAGAUCCAUCUCCACAAAGCCAACAUUUCUCAAGUUCUCACAAAGACGGUUCAUAAAGGAAUGAUCAGCAAUCAAAUAUUUAGUAUAAUAAUGUAAUUUGUGUAGGAAUAUAUUAUAAUGUUUUACGAUAAUAUCUUUUUUCAGUUAUAAAUAUUAUUUCUUUGUACAAGUUAUUUAACAGUUUGACUUGUGUGUUAUUCAACAAUCAAAUAAUCACAUACUUGAUAAAGAAUUAUGGUUUUAGAUGAUCCAUGAGUUAGGCUACCAGGUGAUAGUCAGUAACUUCAGUCUGUGAUUGUUUAUUAUGUCAGUUUACAUUUAACCCAUUCACCCCUCAUAUCACAUUUGAAUCAUUCUAAAUCAAUAUUGGCAUAGUCCGUUUUCAAAUGGAGUCUACAAGAAAUUUCAGAUUUAUCACAUCUCUCUGCCAGUCUGAGUUGUAAAUUUGUUGUAGGCGCAUUUCUUUUUUAGAAGACAUGCACUAAAAUUGUGGUACUAUAAACUAAAUGACAUCCCACCAAGUGGAUUACUGUGUUUUCAUUAUUUGUUAUUUCAUCACGAGCGUUUUAAAAUGGAAACCUAAGCAGUUGAAGGGAGAUAAUUUAGGAAAAUUGUACUAAAUUAAAGUCAAUCCCUUUCACCCACAAAUAGUAAAGGUUCUACAGACUGUUAAGGAGCUGUUUCGAUAUUCUGUGUGCAUCAAUUCAUAUAACACAGAUCUUUACAUAUUUUAAUGAUUUUAUUUGGUAUGAAAUGUGUGCUUUACAGAUUAUUAAGAGUUUUAAUUAAAUUUCAACCAAUCUUUCCCUCAAGAAAACAGUUAUUCAUAAUCUAUAAAGGUUUUUUGAGAUUUUUAUUCAAUACUGAUCAACCCUAAGAUUGAAUAAAUACUGAUAUGGUUAUAAAGCUUCUGAAGAUUUGUUAUUAAACUCAGUACAUCUGCUUCCACUAAUUGGUUGGUAAUUUCCAUUAUUUAAGAACACUCUAUUAGACCUACUUGUGAUAUCAAAAUAAUCAUGACAGUAAGUGAACGUAUGUAUCAAAGAACUGCAGAAACACAUU